AUGGGGAUCUGCUUGUCGACCACUUCACAACCCUCCUUCGGCCGUUAUUUUUUGCUCGACAAUUUCUCUGGUCGCAUUCCUGUACCAAGACCAGAUUCCUCGCUCCAGGCACAAUGGUAUUCACUCUCUCUCCCGCCCCUUUCUUUGUACCCCGCGCUACCAGAAGCAGCACUGACCAGGCAACAGACUACUCUAGAAUCAAAGAAAGGAUUGGCACUGGCUGUAAUAGAUUUCUUAAAUGCCAGUGUUAAAGAUGGAACUAUUUCCGCGGAUGAUGCCGAAUCUAUCGAAGUCGCGCAGUCCUGCAUAGCCGAUGCAUUCAAGGUUGACCCCUCAGACGCUGCUGCGAUGAAAGCAGCCGUUGGAGGACAAUCACUACUGAGCAUUUAUACAGUAUAUGAAAAACUAAAGGGAAAGACCGCUGCGCCCUCUGCCAACAAAAGCCCCGAAAGUGACUCGACACCAGUGCCGUCGCCCAACCCAAAAGCCGGAGCCCCCACUACAGAAUCCGACAAACUAAAGUCAGAAGGCAAUGCCGCUAUGGGCCGCAAGGAUUACACGGAAGCAAUAUCAUUCUAUACUAAAGCUCUGGAAAUUGCCCCAGCAAACCCUGUUUACCUUUCGAAUCGUGCCGCCGCUUUCUCCGCCUCGGGUAAUCACGCAAAAGCGGCUGAAGAUGCUGAGGUAGCUGUAGUUACGGACCCGAAAUAUGUCAAGGCUUGGAGUAGAUUAGGCCUCGCAAAGUUUGCUCUUGGAGAUGCUAAAGGCGCUGCGGAGGCCUAUAGGAAAGGCAUUGAAGCUGAGGGCAACGGUGGCAGCGAUGCGAUGAAAAAGGGCCUGGAAACGGCAAAGAAACGCAUUGAAGAAAUGGAAAAGAAAGAUAAUGAACCACCCGCUGAAGACGUUGAUGAUGCACCUGGUUUAACCCGUGGCGCCGGCGGUCCUGGCGGCAUGCCUGACUUAUCCUCUCUUGCAGGCAUGCUCGGAGGGGGUGGCCGCGGCGCAGGUGGUGGUAUGCCUGAUCUCAGCUCGAUAAUGAGCAAUCCAAUGUUUGCCAGUAUGGCACAGAAUCUCAUGAGCAACCCGGACAUGCUGAAUAACCUCAUGAGUAAUCCGCGACUCCGACAGAUGGCUGAGAAUUUCGGCACUGGUCAAGGUGGUCAAGGUGGCCAGGGUGGCCAGGGUGGUCUUCCAGACAUGUCAGGUCUAAUGAAUGACCCCAGCAUAGCAGAAAUGUAA